AUGUCCUUUAAUAAUGAUGAGUUCAAACAAGUGAAGACUGCAUACAAUUUCACGGGAAAAGUGAUUUUAACGACCGGAUCCAGUUCUGGCAUAGGGGAGGGUAUUGUCAAACUGUUUUCACGAUUGGGUGCCAGUGUUGUGGUCACCGGUAGGAAAGCCGCUGAAGUCAAACGAGUGGCAAAAGAAGCUCAAGAAUUAUCGCCAAAUAAUUUGAAGCCGCUGGAAGUGGUGGCAGAUGUGGCCAAAAGUGAGGAUUUAAAGCGACUUUUGAGUGAAACGAUCAAAACUUUUGGAAAGUUAGAUAUUUUGGUGAAUAACGCAGGGAUGGGCCGGUAUGCGAAUAUUAAGGACGACGAUAUACUGGCUAACUUUGAUCAGACUAUGAAUGUCAAUCUAAGAUCGUAUAUUGAAUUAAUUCAUAUGUCUGUCCCUUAUUUGGACAAAACCAACGGAAGUAUUAUUAGUAUUUCGAGUAUCGCUGCUCUCAGACCGACUUUUAUUGGACUUUCGUAUUCAGCGUCCAAAGCAGCCCUCGAUAUCGUAUCUAAAGUUAUGGCCACAGAAUUGGGUCCAAGAAUAAGAGUCAAUGUUAUUAAUCCGGGUCCAGUGCUAACAAACUUUAUAAGCAAUAAUCCGGUGGCGGAUCAGGAAAAAUUUGCAGCAAAUUUUAAUGAAGUGAUUGGACGGAUACCACUGCGAAGAGCCGGGUCACCCCUAGACAUCGCCAAAGGGGUGGCAUUCCUGGCAUCACCUGAAGCGGGCUUUAUUACCGGCGCUAAUAUUGUGAUGGAUGGAGGAAUUAUUAAUAUCUAG